UAUGAAGGACAUGUGAGGGGACAGACGUGGGGAAAAAGAGCCGACUCUGUGGAAAAGGAGGCAUAGAUGAAGGAGUGGCUGCCGGCAACGGAGUGGACCCAAUUCAGCCUCUGUAUUCCCAGAGAAAAUAAUCACAGGAGCAACAUCACACCCGGACAGGACUGACAUGAUGUGGACAACUGUCCUCCUGCUGCUGUUGCCUCUCCUGCUGUCCUCCACAAUUACAGAAAACAGUACAAACUUUAACCAUUCAGAGAUACUUGACGAAGACUUGGCUGAUGCUCCUGUCAAAGCCCCGAAACCUGUUGGAGGAGGAAAAGGUCGUGAAACGUGUUCCAUCCCAUGUGAUAUCACUGUCAAACUGCUACGCGAUGAGAAACAUUCAAUUUGUGGUCAGUUACAACAGUCUCUGCUGGCAUUUGGACGCAGCACCAGAAAACUGAUCAGAGAUGUGAUGGAGGAGCAGCAGAGAGCUCUGGAUAUUCUCAGUAGUCAGGUGACAGAGCUGAUGACAAAAGUGCAGACGCUCAGCUCAGAGGUCCAGAGGAGCAACAGUGAGAUGUACGCCAUCAAACCCGUGCAGUCACAUGGACAAGACUGCAGCGACAUCAAGGACAAUCUCCUGUCAGUCGUCCCCAAAAUCCCCAGUGGUAUUUACAUCGUCCAUCCAGAGAAUACAGACUCCUCCUUUGAGGUUUUCUGUGAGAUGGAUUACAUGGGAGGUGGAUGGACGGUGAUGCAGAGGAGAACAGACGGACUGACUGACUUCAAACGGGCAUGGGCUGAUUAUGUCGAUGGCUUCGGACACCUCGCAGGAGAACAUUGGUUGGGCCUGAAGAAAGUGUUUCACAUUGUAAACCAGAAGGACACUCGGUUCCAGCUCCACAUCGCUCUCGUCUCCCAUGACGACGUCACGUCUUAUGCAUCAUAUGAUGAUUUCCGCCUGGACGGAGAAACCCAGUUCUUUGGGAUUCACCUGGGCAGAUACGCAGGCAGUGCAGGAGAUGCGUUUCGUGGGUACGACCAGGAUCAGAAUCAGGACACAGCUCCGUUCAGCGCCUCUGACGUGGACAACGACGGCUGUAAUCCAUCCUGCUCCUUCAGUAACCGCACAGUGGAGAGCUGCAGCGCUCUACACAACCAGACUGGAUGGUGGUUCAACCAGUGCGGCCUGGCCAACCUCAACGGCUGCCCUGAAGAUGCAGAGCAGAGCCGAGAGCAGAGGACACACAUCCUGUGGGACACAUGGAGACAGAGCGGAGUCCCUCACAUCAUCAAAUCUGUCACGAUGAAGAUCAGGAGGAUCGCAACCAAUAACUGACAACACACAGGGAUGAGGAGGCAGAAAGGAGGAGGCAGAAGUAAACCAGUUGCACUGCAUUUAGUUCAACAUGAAGUUUGAAUAAAACCAGAUUUUAAAAUA